CCUCUAGGGCCCAGAGGAUAUGCAGGGAGGCAUUUUCUCUUGCUGGUGCAGCCGAGAGCGAGCGAGCGAGACCUGGAAAUGAAAGUAAAGAGAUCAGGAGGCACAUGGAGGGAGCUGCAGGGGCAGCUGAUCCAGAAGCAGAAUGCUGCCUUCUAUAAUUAAAUAGCACUUACUAUUAUUAUUACUUCUAGUAAUAAUACAUUAAUAAUAUCUCUAGUAAUACAAUACCAUUUAUCACGGAAAGUUUAUGCAUAGUGUGUGUGGGAAAACCCAAGGAGAGCAACUACAAUGGAGAGACAGAAGAGAAAACAAGAAAUAGAGAAAGGACUUCAGUUCAUUCAGUCCACAUUACCCCUAAGCCAAGAAGAUUAUGAGGCCUUUUUGCAGAAGCUGGUGAGAAACCUGUUUGCAGAGGGCAAUGAUUUGUUUCGAGAGAAGGAUUUCAAGCUUUCGCUGGUACAGUAUGUAGAAGGGCUGAAUGUGGCAGAUUAUGCAGCCUCCGAUGAGGUGACCAUCCCAAAGGAACUCCUGUGCAAGCUGCAUGUCAACCGAGCUGCCUGCUACUUUGCCAUGGGGUUGUAUGAGAAGGCACUGGAAGACAGUGAGAAGGCUUUAAGUCUUGACAAGGAGAACAUCCGAGCCCUCUUCCGUAAAGCCCGCUGCUUAAAUGAACUUGGAAGACACAAAGAAGCUUAUGAGUGCAAUAGUCGAUGCUUGCUGUCCCUCCCACAUGAUGAAAGCGUCACGCAGCUGGGACAGGAGCUUGCCCAGAAGCUGGGACUGAGGGUUCGAAAAGCAUACAAAAGACCUCAGCAGGAAUUGGAAACAUUCUCGCUACUCAGUAAUGGCACGUCAAUCAAUUUGUCAAACCAGACCACUUCCAAUGGAUUGGGUUCGAUAGAUGACAUUGAAACAGACUGCUCUAUGGACCUGCAGUGCCUCCCGGCUCCUGUGGCCACCUCCAUCCCUGUGAAUGAGGCGCUGGCCCCUUUGCCCUCUGACUCAGAUGCAAAGGGCUUGCCUACCUCGCUUCCUGCUUCCAGCUUGCUCCCAUCUCCAGACUGCGUGUCCCUGCCAGGGCCUGAGAGUGUGGAGGACUUCACAGAUGGGGACAUCAUUGGGGAAGAACUGGACUCCCUCCUGGACUCCCUUGCCGAAGGGUCACCUUACCCUCUAUCUCUGGUCCAGGGCACCAUUCCUACCAACCUGCCAACGGAGAUGCCCCAGCUGAUCCCUGUGUUUCCGGGGGGAACUCCGCUGCUGCCCCCAGUUGUGACAGCCAGCAUCCCUGUCUCCACCCCGCUGCCACCUGCCUCCUUUGGCCUGGUGAUGGAUCCCACCAAGCAGCUCUCCUCCUCCUCUGUCCUGGAUGCCUUUGAGGCCCCGCCGGGAGGAAGUGGUGGCUCCACCUUAGAUUCGUUGGAUUCCCUGGAUCUGCUUCCUUACACAGACUCACGGCUUGAUGCCCUGGACUCCUUUGGGACAAGCAGAGGGUCGCUGGAUGCCUUGGAUUCCUUUGCCAUUGAAGAAACUAGCCCUCAGGAACUGCGACACCCACCUGGCAGCCAAAAGCCAUCCCCCGUGGUGAGUGAGACGCUCCCCCGUGCUGAUGUCCCAAGGUGCUCUGGAGCCAAGGUAGUCAGCCUUGGUGGAGUGAGUCACCCAGCUGUGCCCAAGGUCACUGAGCACCUGCUGUCCCAGACGGAACCAGUAAUGCCCAACACAGCCCUGCUAGUGAAGAACCCCCUGGCAUCUACUCAUGUCUUCAAACAAGCCUGUCAUAUCUGCUACCCUAAAACAGGGCCCAAGGCUGGCGAUUACACCUAUCGGGAAGGCUUGGAGCACAAGUGCAAGCGAGACAUCCUGCUGGGCAGGCUGAAGAACUCAGAAGACAAGACCUGGAAGAGGAUCCGUCCUCGCCCAACCAAAACCAACUUUGUAGGAUCCUAUUACCUGUGCAAAGAUAUGCUUAACAAGCAGGACUGUAAGUACGGGGAUAACUGCACCUUCGCGUACCACCAGGAGGAGAUCGACGUGUGGACAGAGGAGAGGAAGGGGACUCUCAACCGUGACCUCCUCUUUGACCCGCUAGGUGGGAUCAAGCAGAGCAGCCUCACCAUUGCCAAGCUCCUCAAGGAACAUCAGGGCAUUUUCACCUUCCUUUGUGAGAUUUGCUUUGACAGCAAACCUCGGAUUAUCAGCAAAGGGACCAAGGACACACCAUCUGUCUGCUCCAACCUUUCUGCCAAACACAGUUUCCAUGACAACAAGUGUCUAGUCCACAUCGUGCGUUCCACCUCCCUGAAAUAUUCCAAGAUCCGCCAGUUCCAGGAGCACUUCCAGUUUGACGUGUGCCGACAUGAGGUGCGUUACGGCUGCCUGCGUGAGGACAGCUGCCACUUCGCUCAUAGUUUCAUCGAGCUUAAGGUCUGGCUGCUGCAGCAAUAUUCAGGAAUGACCCACGAAGAUAUCGUGCAGGAAUCUAAGAAGUACUGGCAGCAGAUGGAGGCACAUGCCAGCAAACCAGCCAACAGCAUGGCUUCUCCUCGGGCUCCCACGUCAAGCACCUUUGACCUCCAGAUGAAAUUUGUAUGUGGCCAGUGCUGGAGGAACGGGCAGCUGGUGGAGCCAGAUAAAGACCUCAAGUACUGUAGUGCCAAAGCCCGCCACUGUUGGACAAAGGAACGUCGCGUCCUGCUGGUGAUGUCCAAAGCAAAGAAGAAGUGGGUAUCUGUCCGACCACUGCCUUCCAUCCGCAACUUCCCACAGCAAUAUGAUUUGUGUAUCCAUGCACAAAAUGGCAGGAAAUGCCAGUAUGUGGGCAACUGCUCCUUCGCCCACAGCCCUGAGGAGAGAGACAUGUGGACCUUCAUGAAGGAAAAUAAAAUACUAGAUAUGCAGCAGACCUAUGACAUGUGGCUAAAGAAACACAAUCCUGGGAAGCCUGGAGAGGGGACACCGCUCACCUCGCGAGAAGGGGAGAAACAGAUCCAGAUGCCCACUGACUACGCUGACAUCAUGAUGGGCUACCACUGCUGGCUCUGCGGGAAGAACAGCAACAGCAAGAAGCAAUGGCAGCAGCACAUCCAGUCGGAGAAGCACAAGGAGAAGGUCUUCACCUCGGACAGUGACUCCAGCUGCUGGAGCUACCGCUUCCCCAUGGGCGAAUUCCGGCUCUGCGAAAGGUUCCAGAAGAGCAAGGCCUGCCCCGAAGGAGAGGAGUGUCGCUAUGCCCAUGGCCAGGACGAGCUGACGGAGUGGCUAGACCGCAGGGAGGUGCUGAAACAGAAACUGGCCAAAGCCCGCAAGGACAUGCUGCUCUGCCCCAGGGAUGACGACUUCGGGAAAUACAACUUCCUAUUGCGGGAUGGCGUAUAGUAAGGGUUGGAGGGGGGAGCCUCUUGGCUGGAGAAACACGGGGCGGGUAUUCCGAGAGUGGCAGUAGCAGGGAGAGCGAGAUCUGUGUCUCGCAAAGAGAACUUUUUAUUUUAUUUCGUUUUAAGAUUAUGAGACGAUGAUUUAUUAGUGGUGAAUGAAAUCGUGAAUUUGAUUCUCCUUGGCCAGCGAACGCCAUGCUCACUGAGUUUGUGAUCCAUCUUCUCUCUCUUCUUUCCCCCAAAUUCUCCUUCCUCUCCUUCUUUUUGUUUUUGCUCUCCUUCAUUCAAAGAAAAGAAUGCUGUCUGUACUGGGCUGCAAAUCGGAGAAUUUCUCCUUGUGUCAUUCUCCUGCUCUUCAUUUCGGAGUGUGGCUGCAGAGGUCUGGAGGACAAAGCUGAGAGAAAGGGACAGACAUCAGGUGAAAAGGUGACCAUGAAGUUCAUGUGCUCCUUUUCUCAGUGCUUCAGAACAAGCCCCGCUUACGCUGCUGCAGCCGGCCUGCUCUCCUGGGAGUUCAUUACCAGAAGAAUUAGGAAUCGAGGUGCAAAAGAAGGAAAACCACUAAUAUGGUUUAAAACAUCUAGGCUUAAGCUCCUGCUGUCAAUCUUGCCCUAAGGCAUCCACUGGCGCUGAGGAGGGUAACAGCCGUCCGGUAUAAAGAGCGUAGCUAAAAGCAGCAAAGUAAUAGAACUGCUUGCAGCAGCAGGAACUGCAUUGUAGGUGACUUCAGACCGUUUCAGCUGACUGUACCCAGAAAGCAAAUUGGUGACACCCUCAUUAGAUGUCUUUCUCAGUGAGUGACAGGUAUUCAGGCUGGGUAGUUUGGUUUGGGUUUUCUGGCUGGUGUGACUGGUGCAAGUAAGGCUGAAGCCAUCUAGAAAGUGUAGUGGAGACUGUGACACACCCUGUGUCACUGCUCCACACAGCAGUGUCAGUCAGGAGGAAGGCUGUAUCCAAAAGGAGCCUGUGUUUCUGUCAGCUUGUGUUCUGAAGAGAGGGAGGGAGGUAAUGGGGUUCCCUUCUUGCUCUUUAAAUGUCAUGUGUUACUCAUUAUUUAGAGCUGCGUUUUUCUGUGCUCUGCCAGAAGAACUGGGUGGGGACCCAUUUAAAAAGACACUGUCGAGCAGCACGGGCGAUGCUUUGCUGAUGGGAAUCCAGCUGGAAAGGUGGUUAGGAGCACUGGGGGUCCAGCCCCCUCCUCCUCGGAGCCCAGGCAGGGAGCUUGCGGAAUCACAGCGCAGUCAGGAUGUGACCCAGGGCAGGGACCGCGGUGGAGAGUGAGUGGCACAGUGGGACCCAGCCAAGCAGCUGCUCUGGGUCCUGCCUGACGUGUGCCACAAUGUGGGAACCAGUGAUGCUGAGCUCUGGACCAGGAUUUUUGGCUUUCGUAGUGGCAGCGGUGAGAGGCAGUCCUGCUCUGCUUCCUGACGGUCUCAUCCUGUGAGCAGUAAAUGUGUGUCCUGUCCUGAGCUUCCCUCUCCUUCUCUCUUCUGCAGUCCAGCUGCACUCUGCAGUUUUGCAUGCAUGGAUGGCACCAUCCACUCAAAACACAAAUACGUCUCCCUCCCAGCCUUUGUAGGGGAUGUAUUUUUCAUACAGAGUCUCCCAGGACAGCAAGCUCAGAGCCCUUGGGGCUGGCAGUGCUGUAUUUGUGGUAAAUACAAUCUGGCUGUGAACUGCCCAGAUUGUACCUUCUCCUGGUGCUCCUUGUGCUCAGCGGGUCAACUUUAUAAACAGAGAGAGGCAGGGGAGGAGGUAGGCAUCAGCUCCUGGGUUAUCUUGUCCUCCUCUUCUUGGAGGCGGAGAGGGAGCGAAUGUGGAUUGAGGAACGUUGGAAUGUGUUUUUAUUUUUAAAACGAAUCUGCAUCUCUAGUGUGACUCUAGCAUUCGCUGCGCCGUGAUUUCUCAUCCGAUAACUUGUUUAGGUUACAGAGUGGGUCGCUGCCCCCUCUCCCCAUCUCUGCCACGAGAGCCGAGCUGCUCGGUGGGGCUUGGGAGGUUCGGGUCGGGGCCGAGGCGGGGAGAGGGCGAGCGUGUGGGAGGCGAGGGAGGCCCACGGUCACGGGGGUUGCGUCAAGUAUCUCUUUUUGUUUUCCCUGAUAUGAUAACCUGGUCUGUGGUGUUGCAGUACUUUGUCACCAGACUUGUUUUAGUGUGUAUAUAUGUGACCCCUCCCAUGAAACAUAUAUACACAGGUAUUAAAUAUAUCGCUCUAUAUAAUAUUAUAUGUGUGUGGUAUCAAAGGAAUCUUUUAAAUGAGGGUAAAGGAAAAGGACUCGGGCCAGGAAACGCAGCAUCUCCAGUUUAAAUAUGAAGACUUUUAUUUGGGUUAGGGAAAGGGAAAUAACAAAGAGGGGAGGGUUUUAUAUAGAUAGGUAUAAUUUUUGAGAUGGGACAGGUUUCCCUGUUCAACAUUUCUGAAACCCCCUAGGAUGUCCUCGCAGUCCCAUCUCAGUGAAAGAGUAUUAUACUGCUAACUAGCAAGUGAAGUUUUAAUGAUAAGGCUUUGCUUAUAUUAUUUAAAGGGACAUUGUGAAAGGCAGGAAGCUUCACAGUUAACUUCCCAGGCUCACUUUAUCAAGCCAAGAGGGUUCUCUUCAGCACAUUUUGUACUCUCAGCAGAACAGCUCAGUGCUCACGGCUCUACAGCAGAUAAACCACAAGUUGUAGGGCUGCUCUAGCGGUGCAUUCACAAGUCUCUGUGAUAACACUCUCUUUUCAUCAUUGGUGUGAAAAAAGAAGAAAAUUUUGCAGCGCAGAACCAAAUUUGAGUGUUACUAACAAAAGAAGCAGUGUUUUAAUUUUACAACAUCAGAAGAAAAUCUCAUAUUCUGUAAAACCACUGCAGACACACACACACUCACACAGAGUAGAGACUUUGAUUUAGAUCAACUUGUUAAAUGCUGAAGGACUUAGUGAAAAUCUUUUCCCAAAUCCUUUGGUAGGGGCAGGGAUUUACAUGACACUGGUGUUGGAGUUAACCUUGCCUUUACAGGGGGAAAUAAAAAAAAAAAACCAAACCAAAAAAUACCCUACUUAGCUUGUAUGAAACUGUAUGUCAAAAAUGGAUGGAUUUUAGCAAGUGAAAGGAAAAGAUAGCAAGGGGAUGCUGCAGUUCUGAGCUGGGUAGUAAUGAUUUAGAGUCCUUUAAUAUGUCUUUGUAUUAAUAUAAUUUAAGAAUACCACGCUUUACUAUUAAAAAAGAACUUAGUAUCUUUCAUAAGGUCUAGUAUCAGGAUAAUAAUGUAGAUGUUUUAACAACAUUUUUGUUCUUAAAUAAAAAAAAAAAACAACAAACUUGCUUCUUUUAGCCUUUGUAAUAGAAAAUAAAAGUGUGCACUUUAAACCCUC